AAAUAUUAAACCUCACAGCAUCGCCUCAAAACCCCCCCAUUUCACCUGCACACUAAAACCCUACUACAAUCCAUCACCACCCCCACCACCGCAAUCACCACCAUCCAUGGCGCAGAGACGGUGGCUCCAAACCGUAACCCGCCAUGCCCUACCUCUCCUCUCCUCAAAACCGACAACCUCUCUCAAACCUCUACCUCACCUUCCAGCCCCCAUUUCUCUCAAAUCCAUUCUCUCUCCCAAACCCCUUCAACAAUUUCUAUACACUGAUCCCACCUUGUUCCACGCUCGCAGUUUCUCUUCAAGUUCUCGCGACGACAGCGAAAACGAAGAAGAUGACGUUGAAGAAGGAGGUGAAGAAGAAGAAGAUUACGAUAGUGAUAGCAAUGAGGCGGAGGUGGAUGAUGUUACGGUGUCGGAUAUGAAGAGAGAAUAUUCAGCGGAAGAGAUAGAAGCGGAGGCUGCCGCAAUUGGGUAUAAAGUGAUUGGACCGCUCUUGCCAUCGGACCGGGUUUUAAAACAUCGUGAGCCGGUUUUCGCUGUUGUUCAGAUUGGUUCUCAUCAAUUUAAGGUGAGUAAUGGAGAUUGUAUUUACGUGGAGAGAUUGAAGUUUUGUGAAGUAAAUGAUAAGUUGAUUUUGAACAAGGUUCUCAUGUUAGGAACAAGUACUCAAACAAUCAUUGGUAGACCUAUAUUGCCGGAUGCAGCUGUUCAUGCAGUUGUUGAGGAGCAUGCAUUAGAUGCCAAGGUAAUUAUCUUUAAGAAAAAGAGAAGGAAGAAUUACCGUCGAACGAAAGGACAUCGCCAGGAAUUGACUAGGUUGAGAAUAGCUGAUAUCCAAGGAAUUGAGAAACCAAAGCCAAAAGUUGAUCCAAAGCAAAAAAUGGUAGCUGUUAAGCAGCAAGAAAAGGUUGCGGUUGCUGCUUGAGAGGUAUUUUUCCUUUGAUUGUAUGUCCACAAUAAUGGCUCUCUGUUAUUUGGAGUUGACUUUCAGUGCUAUUUUACCAAGCGUGAUCUCCAUCCUGGCUCAUCCAAUGUACAUUUUGGAUGCCAUUUGAGGAAGCAAAUCUUUUUAUCUUACCAUAGGUGCCGAGGAGUUGGUACACUGGAAGUACGUUUUUUUUUUCCCAUGGGAAACUUUUGUUUUUGUAAUUCUUGUUAGUUUAUUUGCAUUUACUAUCAUAGCCAAGACUUGCUAGCACACUCUUGUUCUAAUAGAGUUAUUUUCAAGGAUUAAAUCAAUUAUUACUCGUUGCAGUUUA